GGGGAAUAUUCGGUAAAAGAUAAAAAAAUAUCACACGUUUGGACAGAAUAACGACAGAGUAUUAGGCAUAUUUGCUCUACCAAUAAAUUGCAAGAUGUAACUUUACCUUCCCUCCUAAUGACACUACAUACAGCCGUCAAACAAUUCUGUUUGGGAAACGAAUAUUAUUUUAUCUCAAGGUUAUUUUUUCAGCUGCUUUUAUAACCGAUGAAUAUUAUUUGUACGUGUAUCUACCAGUCUACAGCGUAUGACUAGAAUGAAAAAUGCAUUUGCGCUGCCAACGGCUGACUAGAAUUGUAAAGUGAAAUAAAAAAAAAUGAAGAUGUCGUCAAACAGCUAUGAAGUGACAGGGUUAUUAGACAAGGAAAAUAUAUAGAUUUUUUGACAGAAGGGCUAGAGGACGGAAACUAUGUGAGAUAAAAGAACACAAUUAAAUGUCCGCAACAAUAAGAAAAACAGGAUUGAUAGGAAACCUCAAAGGAAAUCUCUUUGAUCGACGCCCACUAUACCGUAUUCUCUUGUCAAGUUCGUCUGGUAACUUUCUCUUUCACUUUCCCACAAAAUAAUUUCCUGCAUAGUAUUGAUAAAAAUGAAGAGAGGAGGAAAGUGUCUAACCAUUAGCAUAUACAUGUAUACACACAUAAUGAUGAUGAAGAGAAAAUAGUUGUACAAUUAUUGUGACGCAUCGAAAGCAGCGAGUUCUUACUGACUUUGUGGUCCACGAAUUGAGAUAUUUUCAGCACGUACAUUUUGUUACAUAUUUUUUUUUUCAUACCAGCAUUACGACCACACUUGAUUAAUCCGAACAAAACACCGCAACUAAAAUAAAGUUCAUUUACAACAAAUCACAUAAUUAGCGGGUAUAGGGGUAAAAUAUGAGGGCAUAUAGUCCCCCCGGAUAAAACAAUCGAAAAUACUAUCUACAUGUAGCUAUUAUGCCAAGAUAGUUAUGAUUGUGAGUCGUGUUGAAUGUUGUGAAAACUUGUGAUACCAACAACUGCCCAAAGUUUGACAUGCAUAAUGUGGUUCUGAUUUUGAAUAAAACUUCCUCGCACUGCAAUCAUUCUGUUAUAUAUUGUUUAUUUCAUUAUGUUUCAAUUACUUCCAAAGACAAAAUCUUGAGUUUUAUUCAAUAUGUCAAACCAUUGAAAAUAGACAACACUGCAUCGUACGCCUGCCCCAUACAUCCUCCUCCUUACCUCCUCUCUUACUGAAAAUUGACGCAAGUGAAAGUUUCGCCACAGAUUGUAGUCUCCUGUAAACAAAUGCAUUUGGUCUUGACACCCUCUCAAGAUUCGUUGUUAUCAUUUCUUCUUUUUUGUUACUUUUCCCUGCAGGAUGGAUCGGGUCAGUAGCCUUUGGGAUAAUGUUCGCAGCAUCGCCGAUCUCGACCGGUCUGUUCAAGCGCUUCGGACAUCGUAAAGUCGCCAUCGUCGGCGUUCUCCUUUGCAGCGCCGGUCUCCUCCUCUCGGCCGCCGUGCCCAACCCCUACUACCUUUUCGCCACCUACAGUCUCCUGUUCGGUGUCGGCAGCAACUUCAUCGAUAACACAUCAUUAAAUUUGAUCGGCACCUACUUCCCGAGGAAGAACAGCGCCCGUGCAUCUUGUUUCGCCACUCUUGGAUGGAGUAUAGGUUCACUUGCUCUAAAUCCCGCCGUCGAGAUCCUUUGCGAGAAAUUCGGCUGGCGUAAGACCUUCAUCAUCCUGGGCUGUUGUCUCCUAGUACACGGACUCGUCUGCGCUGCUCUCUUCAGGAAGAAAAUCGACUACGUGGAAAUUGAAAUCUCAGAAGAGGAAGACUCGGAGAACAGGGAAGAAUAUUACAAUGAUGAUGAGAUCAACACCGGUGAUGAUGUAUUCAAAGCACAGCAGACAAAUGGGUAUAUCCCAGUCAAAGGAAACUUCCAAAUUGGCGAACCAGUUCUUCUUAGCACGCAACUUUCAACCAUCGAGGAAUCUGCACUCAGCAACGAGAAUAUCAAUCAGAACUGCCAUACUGGUACGGCGCCAGUGCAGAGGAAAGAAAGCGUAUCAUUCGCUCCAACAACUCAGCUACCAAGCGACGGGGAGGAAGGGCUCCCGCGUAACGAUAGCAACGUAUCACAGAUGUCAAGUAAUGGCUCAAGAAAAGACAGUAGGUCGAACUCUAGAGGACGUCAGGGAAGCAGCAACUCAGGGAAGAAUGACCAGAAUGGUAGGAAAGAGAGCUCGAUCUCCCGGAAAGACAGCACAGGCAAGAUGAGGAGAAAUAGCUCCAUGAGCAGCAGACGUGAUAGCAUCGUUAGUUUUAUCAGGAGAGAUAGCACAUGGUCAAGAAGAGAUAGUACACGGUCAAGAAGGAUUCCCAUACCAGACAACACGCCGAAGCAUACAACCAAACAGUACAUCAAGGCUUUCUUACACACGAUGAAGGCGCCAGGCAUCUUAUUAUGGGGGGCCGCCAACAUUCUCAUGAACAUGUCGCUCAUCUUUCCUUUCGUUAAUUUUAUAAAAUACAUGGAAACUAUUGGCAUCCCAUCAGCAAAAGGUGUCCACGUCCUCAUGGUCUUCGGGUUGUCGGACAUGGUCGGUCGAGGUAGUUCGGCUAUGUUUGGAGAUUACAUCCCUUUCCACACCGUAUACGUCUACCCGAUCUGUAACCUCAUCAUGGGUGCUGUGACGAUGUGUCUGCUGGUCAUUGACACCAUUCCAGGACUCUACGGUUACGCAAUAGUUGUAGGUACCCUGACAGGAAUUGUAAAUAGUAUGCUGCUCAAAGUUUCAAUGGAUCUAUUUGGUCAUAAGCUAUUAGCCGAGGCAUGGACAUUGACUCUUCUAGCCGCUGGCAUCGGUAUCACAUUCGGUCCUUCAAUAGCAGGUGCAUCAUACGAUUUAACGCAGUCGUUCGAUGUCGCUUUCUACAUCGGGGGUGGUAUCUACCUCCUUGCAGCCGUCGUUACCCUUGCCAUCCCUUUCGUCCAGAGGUGGAAGAAAUGGGUUCCAGAGAAGAAGUCCAAACCAGGGCUAGAUGCCUUGCCAGAGGAUGCCCUCCCUGAAAACUUAAGGAGACUAUCCAUCAAGCCUCUGGAAGACUCCAUGGCGAAGGCGGAGCAGCAGAAACAACAAACAGAAGAACUUGAAAAGAGUGCGAAACGACUGGAGGAGAGACUGACCAUUGUUUAGAAGUCUCCUUGAAAGAAAAAAAAAAACAGAAAUCGCCUUUGUGACAGGGUCCUUGUCAUGUUUGAGGUGACAGCGAAAUGGGUGCUCAGGGUUUGCUUUUGAAACAGGAACGACGCGCAGUCGGAUCCCUGGCCCGCCCUCACCCGGACCCGCCUCUCGUUAUAUCUUUGCUUUAUUCACGAACAACUCGCCAAAGUUUCUCGCAAUAUUUAUAUGCUAUUCUGUGGGUUGUAUGCUAGUAUUGUAUUAUAGUGAGAGAAAGAAACAAGUCAAUCAAGCUUGAGAACCGUCUUGAAAAUAGUGCCUCAGAUCAUUUUUGUCAUCUCGUCAAUGUACUGACCUUUAUCUUGUGGUAUUAAAUUAUGAGCACAAAAAGGUGUUUCACGCAAACCUCAUAAUCUGUUAAAUUAACAGAUGCAACGUAAUGUGUGUGUGUAGAAUUCAUUUUACUUUCAAACGCUUGAAAAGAUGCCAUUUAAAAAUGCAUCUUUCUGGGUAUGGUUCUGAUAAAGAAUCAGACACAAUCAUUAUUACCCUAAUUAUAUUAUGAUCAUGAUAUUUUUAUGAUAUUAUUGUGCAGAUUGUACAUAAACAGGAGAAGUUAUAUCCUCCUUCAGCUCUAUUUAAACCAAUGCUUGGUGAUUAUAUUUAAAUUGUAAAUAGAUUUUCAAACAAAGAACAUUGCAUAUGUGUGUUAUGCAUUUUCCCGAUAAAGCAAACUAUCUGCAUUGCUUAUAUCAUAAUGAUCUAUUAACGAUUCCGUUGCAUAAUGAUCUAUGAACGAGGAUUCUGUUGUUCAUUUUUAAUGAUAUUACGGACGAUUCUGUUACUUUUUAUAAUGAUCUAUAAACGACGAUUCUGUUGCCUAUUAGGGACGGCCAUUCUCAUUUCUAAAUUUUGCUCCUUUGAAAACGGAGUGCAAUCAAUUUGAAGAUUUUCUUUGUCUUUCGAAUGAUACGCUGCAAAGUAUAUAUCUUAUAGUUGUACUUUAAGCAUUCAUUCUUGCAUCUUAUUACGAGGAAGCUUUAUCAUGGUCAAGCAAGUAAAAUUGAAACAUGGGCUUCAUGCUAUUGGAUGUAAAAAAUAUUCCCGAUCUAGGUUGACAGGAUAUCAUUUUUUUUUCUCGAGAAUAUCUUUUUUGCCCAUCUUAUUAUGUCUUUGUAACUGUGUUAAUUGUGUAGCAUUGUAACGUUUGAAACCACAUUUUCCUUUUUAAUAUUUUAAAUUCGUAAUGUUUUAACUAAAUCUUUCAGUAUCAUAAUCAUAUAAGCCUUCUAUUUAAUGAGUGCACUGUAUCAUAGUUAUCUUGCUCUGUCCAAAGCAAAUCAAUACUAUAUCGAUAAUGCAAUGUCCUUGUAUGUAGUAUUUAUUUUGGUUAUAGUUUGUAUGAUUUCGUUCAGUAGGAAAACCCUCUUGGUGUAAAUAAUAUUUGUGAUGAGAUUUCUUAAUAUCUUGCCACUAUUAGUAAAUCACGAUCGUAUCCUAAUUAUAAAAAAGUAUAUCAUUAUUAGUAGCAAAUUAGUUUUAACCCCCCCAAAAAAAAAAUCAAAACAAACCCGCUGUUAACUCGAGUAACCCUGAUACUUUAUCAUCUCAUCAACCUCAUCCAAACAUUUUAUUUUGAAUAUUUCAACUCAUAUGGUUUGGAAAAUGUCUGCUACACGAAAUUUUAUUGAUAUUAUCGAAUGAAUUUAGGACUGCACAUGUAUUUUGUUAUUAAAGUGUGUUAUGGAUCUUUUACUAGAGUUGGUAGAUGAAUUUUGCAAUGUGGGAAAAAUUUUAAUAUACGAAUUAUACGAUACUCGCAUGCUUAAUUCUCUUUCUCACUUUAUAACUUUCGAGUUCAUGUCACGUAUCACUUGUUAUAAUGACGUCACAAUUACUGAAUGUGUAGAGUGAAUUUGGUGGUAUAGCAUGCCGAUAAUAAUAAUGCAAAGUAAUAUGAGAGCAUCACCUCUCUCAUCACCUCUUGCUCCCUUUCAUCACCUCUCUCCCCUUCUCUCCAACUCUUACUCCCUCUCCUCAACUCUUAUUCCCAUUUUUCCUUUUGUUUAUUUCUUACCCUGCAUGCUCUGUCUAGUUCAGAGAGAUUAAAGUAGGCCAUCUGUUCAUCAUUAUUAUUACAGAACAGUCGUUGCACAUUAAUACACCAUGCUAGAGGAACAAUCCUAGGGUAUAUAAUGUCGAUCUGUGCGAAUCACAUUUUGCAAAAUGUAUAUGAAACAUUCAAAACAUGGUAUUAUAUCAGUCGGUAAGCCUGAUGUUUGAAGCUGCAGUGUAAAUGUCACUAAUGGGCCUAUACCUAUUGUUGUGACUUGCACGUUGUUUAAAUAUUAAAGAGAUUUAUUAGCGAUUUAUGUUUAUUAACAAUGGAGGGAAACACAAAGAGGGGGUCACUGUUAUGCCUGAAACUUCCACCACGCAGGUUAUUUUUUGCAGCCACGUGAACGGAAACGUCUUUGGAAAUAACGUGUUAGAUUCGAUUGACCUGGAGUCUGUUUCGUUGGUGUGACGUCAUGUGUGACGUUGGUGUAACUAAUGGUAUAUUGAAAAAAAAGGUAAUGUAGUAGUAAUUAUUUGUGUACAUGAAAUAUUGACAUGCUGUAUGUAUUGUUUAGUAAUUAUCGUGCCUUGAUUUGUGGCAAUUUUGGUACAAUGUUAUAAUGCUCCCUUUUUUCGGUAGUCAAGUCAACGUUUUCGACUAGGCAUACUGUGUUAUCUUCUCGAGCUGUCGAUGUCAUGUGAAUAUUCGUUUAAAAAAUACUUUUUUUCUUGAGAAAGAAACCAAUAAAAAAAUUCAAAAUGAAA